UUAAAGGUUUUCUGUGGAUUAGAGAUUAGAGACCUUCUAAUUUACUCAAUAAUAAAUAAUUUUAAGUAAACAGAACUUCGUGAAUCGAAUCUGCAGUAGCCUAAUUUUAACUUUAAAUCUCUAUCUCCUAACCUCUAAACAUUACAAUUUUAACCUCAAAUGUUUCGUCCCAUCAAAACAACAUAAUGUUGCAUCUUCUAAAAACAAUAGAAAAGUGCAAAAUAUGUACCUCGUUACAGUCAAAAUGGAUAAACACAUUUAAAUUUCCAGUUCGACGAAUGAAUAGUAGUAAUAGUAAACUCGGAAUAGAUGUAAACACGAACGUGACAAAAGACGUGAUAUUAUAUAAAUACGACAACGAGCGAACGUUCAAACUUAUGAACAUUUUCGCAUUAUGUCAAUUCGGUUUUUGGACUUACUUUGCGUAUACCAGUUUAAGAGAUGCACCUGUUGACAAAGUUGAAAAUCCAGCCUGGUGGCAAAAAGUUAAUUUGGGAGAGAACAAAUUCCGAAAUACGAUCAGCAUUCUCUCAUUCGUUGUUGGUUGGGGUAUUCUAACCAUAACAUGGAUGUAUUCAUUGAAGUCGGUUCGAUAUUUGAUUUUGAGAAAAGGUGGUCGAAUGGUAACAAUUGUGACAUACACGCCACUGGGUAAAAACAGAAUGUUUACCUUAGGUUUGGAAAAUUUGAGCUGUCAGGAACAAAGAUCAGUAGCAAAAUCACAAUUGCCUAUUAAAGUUAAAGGCCAUUACUUACAUUAUAUCUUAGAUAUGAGAGGAGAAUUCAAAAACCCAACUUUAUUUGAUUAUACUGCUGGUUUAAGAAGAAAUUUGACUGUAAAAGUUUAAUUGCUCAAUUUCUUAAAAUUAAUAAAAUGAUUUAGUUAUA